AUGGGCCAGAAGCUUCCGCGAAAGGGGUCGAACGAGCUGACCGAUUCGCUGCUCCUGGCGGCGUGGCUGGCGGCUGUAGCUCCCGCUACAGCCGACCGGCCCUCAAUCUUAUCCGAUCCUUCGUUAUUGUCACCCUACGCUACAGUCAACUACUUCGCGUUCGGAUCGAAUCUCAACCUGGAUCUGCUACUGAAGAGGUCAACGGGAGUCAACGCGCCUUUAGCAGAGAUUCUGGGUUCGGCUGUAGCAGAGGAGGAUCCGUUUGUAGCAGAGCCGGCGGUGGUGUACCACCAUCGCCUGGCGUUCAACAUCCGCGUGCUGCCGCCGUUUGAACCGGCUGUAGCGGCAAUUGAGCCUGUCGCAAGGUCAAGACCGGCUGUAGCGGCAAAUAGGCGGGAUAGAGUCGGGGGGAUCAGACCAGCUGUAACGGGAAGUGAAACGGCUGUAGCGCAAAGCAGGGCGGCUGUAGCUGAGGCCGGUUCUGCUUUAGCGCGAAACGGGGCGGCUGUAGCGGGGAUGGAGGGUAGCGAGGGAAGUCCGAGUGUGCAUGGGCUGGUGGUGCAGAUGCGACGAAUCGACUACGAACGGCUCAUGUGGUCAGAGGGCAUUUCUCGCAACGAGCAGCGGCCCUAUAUAGAGCACCUCGUUACAGCACAUACUUACUCUGGCAGUACUGUACAGGCCCUUACUCUCCGCGCCAAUCCCAACAGCCCCUCGUUCCUCCCCCCUCGCAAGGAGCUGCCCCCCUCUGCUCGCUACCGCGGGUUGUUGCUCAAAGGCGCGAGGAAAGCGGUGGUGCUGGUGGUGAUGGUGGGUGGUGAUGGGGGUGGUGAUGGUGGUGGUGAUGUUGGUGAUGGUGGUGGUGGUGGCAGUGGUGGUGGUGGCAGUGGUGGUGGUGGCAGUGGUGGUGGUGGCAGUGGUGGUGGUGGCAGUGGUGGUGGUGGCAGUGGUGGUGGGGAUGAUAUGGUCACCAGAAGCUUACUCCCGACUCCCUGCCAAGGAGCAAGGAGAGCGGGUGGUGGUGACGGUGGUGAUGGUGAUGGUGGUGAUGGUGGUGAUGAUGGUGGUGGUGGUGAUGGUGGUGGUGGUGGCAGUGGUGAUGGUGGUGGUGGUGAUGGUGGUGGUGGUGAUGGUGGGAAUAGCAUGGUAACAGAGCAAGGAGAGCGGGGUUGCGGAGAGAGUAUGGGGAGGAAAUGA